AGUGAUUGGCAAGUAUUGCCUCCGUCACACGGGCGCUGCUGAGGACAUCAAUCAGCAAGGUAGUAAGACGCCAUGACCGCCAUCACGAUCACGUUGAUAUACACCAACGUCCUUGACGUUAGUCACGUGGGGUUGACGUCACAAUUCUCUGACUGCAUCCACACGUGCUACCAAGACCUCCACUGUUCGUCCUUCUUCUACGGCAACGACAAAUGCUACACCAGCAAAACGUUCUCCAACGCCACGCCAUUCACAGACAGCAAUGAUGUAAACUAUUACGGAUGGGGUGUUGGAGAUCUGUGUCCAGAGCCGUUUUUAUACCACAAACCCACUGGUCAGUGUCUGUAUGGGGAAUGGGUGAACAAGCGUAACUACACGUCGGCGGUCAGUUUCUGUGACGGCGUUGGAGGUCGACUGACCGUCACGGAUGAAUCUUACAAAGACAAGUAUUUGGCUGCUAUCGGUGAUGCGCGAGCUGCUACAUUGUGGCUUGGAGGAAAGCGAGAAGGUGGCUCCAUGACAUGGCUGACAGGGGCGACAGUUGGGCCGUUCACCAACUGGGAGGCGGAUCUGUCUUACAGAGUGGAAGACUGUAUGAUUAUGUCACGGGUCUCCCACAACUGGAGGACAUAUAACUGUAGCGCAGAGUUCAGAUUCAUGUGUGAAAAGAUCAUCCCGUCAGCUAAUAAACCCUGCGGGAUACUGACGACGUUGUAGUCAAGACUGGGUAUUGUUGUUUAACUGGUCACACAACUGGGUUGCGAGAGAAACCGAAACGACGGGUUGUGAUAAUGCUCCCCUUUAAGUCCCUCGCAGCAAAUGACGAAAAAUAAAGUUACAGAAAACUUGUUAAAAAGGAAUUUGACACGUUCUUAUGGCUUAAAAAGUAUGUUUUCUUUCUUAUUCUUGCAAUUUAUUACGAUCAUAAAUGUGGAUAAAAUGAGUGGUAAAAGUCGUUUUUCAAGAGGACGUCUAGUUAUGAACAAUUACACACAUUAGAUGUAUGACGUGAUUAUGUUCAAAUUAAAGUUUAACGUUUAACAUUUUUGGAAGGACUAAACAAGUCAUUCCAACCUCACUCGCCUCAAGGGG